AUGUUCACGUCUGUGUUGUGUAUGGACGUUUGUCUGGUGACUGUGACUUCCUGCAGACCCGGUACUGCCCUGCCUCCCGACGGUGGUAUCCGUAUCGGUGUCGGUCUGCCCUCUUUCACAACGGAAGGCCAGGCGCCUGUCUACCGGGUCCCAUCAUCUCUCACAGCCAAGGCUAAUGUGCCCCAAGUCGAGGAGUUUGCUGAUGGCACAGAUCGUUGUUGCCAUGUCGAAAUUACCAAAAGAGGAAGCCUCGUUGCCACGACUCCUAGUCGGCCGGAGAGGCUGACAGCCCACGGGGCAGAUAGACAACCAGACAGCCAUACAGAAAGAGGGCUAGCAGGACAAAGAGUGACUUGGUUUUACUCGAACAAUUUGGGCGAAACAGUCUCAGAGCAAGACGAUAUCGGUUGGGGUGAGGCCCUGCUACCCUGUCGCCCCUCAAAUGACAAGCGUCAUCAGGGAAGGAUAGCAUACCAACAACCAAUCCGCCAACAAAUUGACUGGUCGGCCAGCUCGUCAAAAAGACAACCAAACCGAGAACGAACAUUACUCACUGAUACACUGAGUCAUUUAGACACUCCGCCAGACAGUGAGCCAGACAGCCAACCAGCCAACCAAAUGACUAGCUAG